AUGGCCCCGGCCCCGCCCGGCCUGCGGGUGUCCCAGGAUCCCGGGGUCCCCGCGCCCCACUGUCCGCACGGCCCCACUCUCCUGUUCGUCAAGGGGAAUCAAGGAGAAGAAGCCGCAAGAAGAUUUUACGCGUGCUCAGCCUGUCGGGAUAGGAAAGACUGCCAUUUUUUUCAGUGGGAAGAUGAAAAGUUGUCAAAAGCAAGACUUGCUGCCCGAGAAGCUUACAACCGCAGUUGCCAACCUCCUCUGUCUCACGUGCAGUAUGUGGAAAGGUACUGGAAAUUUAUUCAACUACCCCUUUCCCGAAGGAAGUUUUGCCAGAAUUGUCAACAGCUGCUGCUGCCGGAUGAUUGGGAGACGCACUCAGAGCAUCAUGUACUUGGGGACAUUUCUACUGCCCAGUUAAAAAGGCCCAGUCAACUACUGUAUCCUCUGGAGAACAAGAAGACAAACGCUCAGUAUUUGUUUGCUGACAGAAGCUGUCAGUUCUUGGUAGACUUAGUUUCUACCCUCGGAUUCAAAAGAGUUCUCUCUGUGGGAACACCAAGGCUACACGAGCUGAUCAGAUUGAAAGCAUCGGGCGACAAGGAGUCUGGCGUAAAAAGCCUCCUGCUGGAUAUUGAUUUUAGAUAUUCACAGUUUUAUGCCGAAGACGACUUCUGUCAUUACAAUAUGUUUAACCAUCACUUCUUUGAUGGGAAGGCUUCCUUGGAAAUCUGCCGAAAAUUUCUACAGGAAGACAAAGGCUCAGGAGUCAUUAUGGUGACGGACCCUCCUUUCGGUGGUUUGGUGGAGCCUCUGGCAUUUACGUUCAGGAAGCUGAUUGCUCUGUGGAGAGAGGGUUGUGACAGUGGUGAUAAUAGUGAGGAGCUACCCAUUUUCUGGAUUUUCCCCUAUUUCUUUGAAUCUCGCAUACUCCAGUUUUUCCCAACCUUCAGCAUGCUGGAUUAUCAGGUUGACUAUGAUAAUCAUGCACUUUAUAAACAUGGAAAGACAGGUCGAAAACAGUCACCUGUGCGCAUUUUCAGUAAUAUCCCUCCAAACAAAAUCAUUCUUCCUGCCGAAGAGGGUUACAGGUUUUGUCCCGUAUGUCAGCGAUAUGUUUCUUUGGAGAAUCAGCAUUGCGAGAUCUGCAACUCAUGCACAUCUAAGGAUGGAAGACGAUGGCAUCAUUGCUUCCUUUGCAAAAAAUGUGUGAAGCCUUCCUGGACUCACUGCAGCAUUUGUGGUCACUGUGCUCUUCCAAGUCACGCUUGCCAGCGUGCCGAAGGAGGCUGCUUCAUCUGUGGUGAAGCAGAUCACAAGUGCAGAACGUGUCCUAAUCGCUCCAAACUUAAGAAGACCAACAAAGCUGUCAGAAAGCAGAAGAAAAAAAGGAACAAGAUGAAAAUGGAGACCCUGAGACAUUCUAUGAGUCAUACUACCAUUGUAAGGAAAAAAGAAAAAGACCUAUCGAUAUUCUUGCCGUUGAAUGUUCAGUGACCAAAGAAUAAGAAAGAUUUAUAAAUACA